CCGCGCCGAGGCUCCCAGCAAAGAAAGCAAAGCCUCACAGCUGCGCAGUUCCAGCCUCCAUAGCUCGGCCAGCAAACUCUUCAGCCUCGUCAUAUCCAUCGCCUCCGAUUCCCUGGCGUUUGCUUCCUCCCUGGGAGGUCAUAGCUAGCUGCUCGCCCUGUCUCGGUGAGGAGCGACGAGCUGAGGGUACGCCGAAUCACGGUCGGGAUGAAGAGCCGGAGGCAGAGCAGCGGGGGCAGCUCGGGCGGCGCGACGGCCGCGGGGGUGGGGAACACGCACAGCAGCGGCGGCGGGUGCAAGCUGGAGAGGAAGGACGUGGAGAAGAACCGGCGGCUGCACAUGAAGGGCCUCUGCCUCAAGCUCUCCUCCCUCAUCCCGCCCGCCGCCAGGCGCGCGUCCCUGCUCUCGGAGGCGGCGGCGUCCGCGUCCAACCCCAACAAGAGUUUUUAUGGUGUGGGAACUAAAAUGACUUUUUUUCCCAACGGCUCUUCAGCCGGCAAAAGGGCCUGGGCCGAACCCCACCACAAUUCACUUUUGUCUGUGGCCUCUGGUGGGCCCACCUGUCACCUCAAUUCCCCAAUAAUUCAGAGUUUCCAAGCCACCUACCGACGAGGAGGGCCGCUUCGCCACCAUCCUGUGAUGGGGAGUCGGGACACACCCUUGGUCUCACUCGUCUUGAUUAAUGGUCGCCAUGUGCGCGAGCGCAAGGGGAAACUAGAGUCUCCGUCAGAUGAGCUGUCUCCUCCGACGAUACGAGACGCGGAGACGCAGCUGGAUCAGCUGGACAGCGCGGCGGCGUACAUCAAGCAGCUCAAGGAGCGGGUCGAUGCGCUGAAGCGGAGGAAGGAGGGCGGCGGCGGCCGUGAGGGGGGCGCCGCCGCCGGCGCCGUGCGCAUGCCGGUGGUCGAGGUGCGGUGCCAGGACGGGGCGACGCUGGACGUGGUGCUAAUCAGCGAGGCCGGGCGGCCGUUCAAGCUGCACGAGGUGAUCACGGCGCUGGAGGAGGAGGGCGCCGAGGUCGUCAGCGCCAGCUUCUCCGUCGUGGGCGACAAGAUCUUCUACACCAUCCACUCGCAGGCGCUCAGCCCCGGGAUCGGGCUCGACGCCGCCAGGGUCUCCGAGAGGCUGCACGACCUGCUGCUCCUCGUCUGACGAACCACCUACUGAAGAUCACCAGCGACGGUGCUGACGAGGGAGAGAUCUACUGUAUUGUUAGCGUAGCUAUAGUCGAGGUCAGGACACACGGAGCGCGGUAGCAGGGGACGGAUCCAGGGGAGGGAAGCUGCAGGUUUCUUAGCAGUUGUGAGCAAGCGAGCAGACUGCUUUUUUUUGGCUUGUUUUUUCAGCUCUUAGAACGAAACGGCCGGUGCUGUGUACCACACUGGAGUGUACAUGCAUCCUGUCUCUGUUCUAUUACGUGCUGUUUCAGCUUCCUGUACUACUGAUGCUCACUCCACGGAAUCGGAUGCACACUUGUGUUCCUGAAUCCUGUGUGUUGCAGUUGCAGCACGUUUCCAGAAUCUAAUCACAAGCUCCA